AUGAAGACAUUGACAAGGACAUCCAUCCAAAAACCCAAGAAGCUCCAAAGCCAGUUCACAUACCAUACCCAUUCAGAGUAUCAAUCACUCACAAUGUGUUUCUGGCGCAAUGUCUACUACGUAGACUGCAAACACUACAGCAGAGAUCCCGUCGCAUGCAUCGAAGCCAACCACACAGAUACACAUUGCGAAGGAUGGGACGACGAUGACAAGGAGAUGCAGAGUCAGACUAGAGAUGGAACGCCAUACACCAAGGCCCUACCAGGCGACUGCAUGGAUUGCAAGUAUCGCGCACGUCUCAAGAAGAUCAAGGAUUCGAAGUCUGGAGGAGGGCCGGGAGGAAGAGGCUCAAGCGGCAGAGUCAAGGCUUGA